UGGAUCCAGAGUGAGUCCAAACAGAAGACAGAAGGUUCUGGAGCUAAAAACUCAGCAGGAAGAAAAAGGAACGUUCAGCCUUUUAAGGAUUGUAACUUGAGAAUUGGAAAUACAAACGUGGAUUAAUCUCUUUCUUUUGGAUUGUUUCCGUGGGUUUUAAUCUGCAGGACGUUUGGACGAGGAGUCUUUAUCACUGACAGAAGAGCGAGUCAUGUCGGGCAGAGUGGUUCCUCUUCUUCUCUGGUCUCUGGUUCUAACUGUGGCUUCAGUCCAGGGUCAAGGUUCCCCCCAGGAUGCUUUUAUCAUCCAGUACCUGGAGAGGAGGCUGGUGCAGAUGGAGGAGCGUCUCAACCAAUGUGAGCAAAACACAGUGAGCGUCACCCAGAAGACCUACGACCUCUCCUCUGAAAUCAGGGGCUAUCUGUCCACCCUCACUGUUGUGAGAUCGGAGGUGAAGAGCCAGAUGGACAGCGUGUCCGCACGAGUAGAUCGCAUGGAGAGAGAGUUGGAGUAUCUGGAGAACAAGAUUCCCGACCAGAGCGACAUAGAGAUGGAGGAGUCUCUGCUGGAGCAGCAGAUCAAGGCCGCCGAACAGGAUCUGCUGAAGAAGAAGGCCAAGCUCAAAGUGGUGAACGACUGCAGCACAGCCCUGACCCAAAUCAAGUCGCUGAAGAUUGUGAAGAAGGCAGAUGACUCGUUAGGAUCCUGGUUCAAGGAUCCCACAGAAGGAUCCGCUAAGGUCUACCUGCUCAGUGGAAUCCGUAACAACACUCUGCUGGAGUUCCCGUCUCUGCAGACCUUCACAGAGAGAACCAGCGCCUCCUCGAUGAAGGUGCUGCAGCUGCCAUCCCAUUGGCAGGGCACGGGUCAUGUGGUCUACAACGGAUUCCUCUACUAUCACAAGGCAGAUACGCCCAACCAGAUACUGAAGGUUGACCUGGUGAACGGUACAGUGGCGGACAGCACGCUGCUUCCAGGAGCAGGUCGUCUCCCGGUCUACAGUCUGAACCCCAACACGUAUCUGGACCUGGCUGUGGAUGAGCUGGGCCUGUGGGUCAUCCACGCUGACCCCGAGUACGAGGGAAAACUGGUCAUUACCAAACUGGAUAAAGGUAGUUUGGCGGUGGAAUACACCUGGGACACGCAAUGUCGGAGUCGUGAUGCUGAGGGGGCGUUCCUGAUAUGCGGGACCCUCUACGUGGUCUACAACACACGCUUCGGAGGACGAUCCACUGUCCAGUGUCUCUACGACAUCCACGACACCAUCCACAGCGAUGAGAGUCCCGUCAUGUUCUUCCCCAAGCGCUACACCAGCCACAGCAGCAUCUACUACCACCCCGGAGACAAAGAGCUGUACGCGUGGGACGACGGCUACCAGACGAUAUACAAGGUGGAGACGCGCAGGAGCGACCAACUCACGGCAGAGUGACACGUUUCGGGGGGGAAUCACAUAUUAAAGCAUCAGUUUAAGAACAUUGAUGAGUUUAUAAUCUACUGUUUUUAAAAUAAUAGUGAUCCUUUGCUGGCAAUGGGUGCUGCCUUUAUCACUGCUAACAUCAUCACAGACAUAAAGAUUGUGUUCAACCAAAGGCCUUUUAUGUAACAGACUUUAUACUUUGUAUAUCGCGAUAAUAAAAAGAGCAUUUCAUGUGUAUUUUCAUUCA